UUGAACUCCCUCUCAAAAUUUGCCCCAACUAUCUUUAAUCUGCCAUAGGUUCCCACAAACCCAAAUUUUCCCAAAUUCCCUCUCAAAGCUUUGAAGUUGUCAGGAAUUUCUCCAUAGUUCAUUUCCAUCUGAGCAUUCAUUUCCAAAUCUUGAUUCGUGGUUCUGAAACACUAGGGCAAACAACAUAUCUGAUGCAUGCGCUAGGUAUGGAGUAUGUUUGGAUGUGGAGCUGAGUUCCGAUGGGUCACCAGUGCGGUAAGGGAUGGCGGUGUUCUGUUCCGGUACAACAGAUGACGAGGGUUAUUUUGCACUUCAUCGAUAGGAUGCUUCGAGUCAAUUCCGACGGUUCGGUUUCACGACACGGAUGUUGGAUGUGAACACGUAUUAGCGUUGAUAUGCUUGAUUGCGCUUCUUUGUUUCACGGAUUUGGGUCUACUUCGUAGACUUUAGAUGUAGGCAUUACAGGCACCAAGCGAUUAAGAAUAGCGUACCGGAUCGUAGCGAAUUCGUGCCAUCUAGUAUGUUGUGGUUUGUUGGUUGUUCGAAGUGGCUGGGUUGUCUACGUGUAAAGGGAGUAAGAUAAAGGUCGGGGAGCACGUGAAGUUUACGUUUCCGAUGGAGAGAUCGUUGACCGGUCCCCCACCAGAGAAAUUUGGCGGUGGCGGGAGGGGUAGGCAGCCAGUUGCGUGUUCGGAGAUUGUGAGGUUUUCUACUGUGGCUUCUGGGGAGGGAAAACGAAGAGAUAUCUCUGAUAACAAUCUCGACAAUAUCGUGGGUGUUGCAAAUGACUCUGAGUUAGAGAAAAUGGAACCUCCUAGUGCUUUAUCGUGUGAUCUCGUCCCUAUCAAAAGCAAGCGCUUUAUUGGAUGGUUCAUUUGGAGAAGGGACCGUGCAUUUAUGACGCAGCUACAACCCUUCACCCGUGUUGGGAUGCCUAUCAUCUUGCCGACAAGAGGAAGUUUAUAGUUUAUGUGAACGCGUUUUCGGGUGAACUUUCACUUAUUUUCAUGCUAAUUCAUCAACUAUAGUAUAUAUUUCCAUGCCACAUAACUUAUUUUAAGUGGGAUGAGCGUCCACAGCGACUCAUGAUCGGAGAAGAAGGGGUAAUCACAGAGGAGUACCAUAGAGAAGGAAAAGAGGGUUUGAAAAUGUUUGAGUGAGAAACCGGAAAAGAGGAAUAGGGUAUUUAAAGAGACGCGACUGACUUGCAGGUAACCGUCACGUCAGUUGUCUCUUCAAAAUUCAAAAUAAAGAACACGUGUUGUUAAAGGGUUAACUCCCGCUUUAAUAAGACCGGCGAUGUAAUGAUUAGUGAAGAUGGCUCAUUAUAACCGAUCCCAGAGGGACCCACUAGAAGAAACCACUCUUUAAACGGUUAUGGCUCAGCCCUGGAUCAUGAGCCUCGGGUCUCAGAACCAGGGACUAAAGAUGACUUGACGAUGGGCCAGUGGGUAAACCCACUUUACCCGCUUUGGGCCUUUUUAUCUAGAAGCCCAAUUAUUUAAAAAGCCCACCGGUCAUAAUAACCUUACUCACUAAGGUUUCUCCUAUGUAUAAAUGGGCGGGAAACAGCUAAGGAAGACAGGGCUCAUUAAAUGCAUGACAAGAGGCGGCUCCGGUCUAAGUCACUGUACUUAUCCGACGGAUCAUUAAUGAAGAGGAUCAUCCUACCGUUGGGGGUCAGACACAUGUCUGACCUUCCCAAGAACCCCCAAAAACCGUCGGAUCAUGCAUGAGAGAAUCCUUAACAAAGAUAAGGGCAUGUCAUUAUAUAAGAAAGGAAGAAGGAUCCAAGGAAGAGGCUAAGGUGUAAAGGAACAUCAAGAGCAUCUCCGUAUCAGGAAGGAAACAACCGAAUGCUAAGGAACAAGGAGGAUAUCCUAGACAAUAAAAAACACCUCAAUGAUAAUAUGCAAAUUUCCGAUUCUCAAGAUUCAGAAAUCCCUCCAUUGGUUAGUAGACUGAAGGCUGUAGCCGCGCAAAAUGAUGCAUAUUUUCAAUUUCCGGGUCAUAACAAAGGUCAAGCAGUUCCAUCUUCGUUGUCUUCUGUCAUUGGAGUACAACCUUUCAUUCAUGACUUUACAACGUUCCCAGCGGUGGACAACCUGUUUGCACCUAAGGGCCCCAUUUUGGAUGCGCAAAAGCAAGCUGCUAAAUUGUUUGGAGCUGAAGAGACAUGGUUCUUAGUUGGCGGUUCAACGUGUGGGACUCAAGCUUCUAUCUUGGCUACUUGUUCACCUGGAGACACCCUAAUUAUACAGAGAAACUCUCAUAAAUCAGCCUUUGCUGGUAUGGUGUUCUCUGGUGCAAUACCAAAGUACAUCAUCCCUGAAUAUGAUUUUGACUGGGACAUUGCUUGUGGCAUCACUCCUUCACAGGUGGAGAAGGCAAUGAAAGAGUUGGAUUCUGAAGGUCGAAAAGCAUCCGCAGUUUUCAUUACCUCUCCUACUUAUAACGGCAUUUGCAGCAAUCUGAAAGAGAUUGCCGUCUUGUGUCAUUCUCAAAACAUUCCGCUCAUUGUAGACGAGGCUCACGGGGCCCACUUACGCUUUCACAAAAGCUUGUUACCUCUUUCAGCUCUUCAUCAAGGGGCCGAUAUUUCCAUACAGUCAACCCACAAGGUAUUGGGCUCUCUCACACAAUCUUCAAUGUUACAUUUGUCAGGAAAGAUUGUAGAUAGGGAAAGAAUAUGCAACUGCCUUCAAACCCUUCAAAGCACAAGUCCAAGCUAUCUUCUUUUAGCUUCCUUAGAUGCUGCAAGAGCUCGAAUAGGUGAACACCCGGAUACCAUUUUUAACAAACCAGUUGAAUUAGCCAUGGAAGCGAAAGCUCUUGUAGAAACGAUUCCUGGAAUUACAGUCUUUAAUUCUUCUAAAUAUGGAACCGACCCUUUAAGACUUACAGUUGGGGUGUGGAAGCUUGGUAUAUCUGGUUUUGAAGCUAAUGGUAUAUUAGAAAAAAAAUACGGAGUGAUUUCGCAACUUCAUGGGACACGUUCUAUUUGCUUUAUAGUAAAUCUAGGAACCAGUAGAGAUGAUAUUAUGAGACUCGUGUCAGGGUUAAAACAUCUAUCCGAAACAUACGCCUCAAUUCGAGUAAAUGAUAUACAUACACAUCCUCUUAGUGAAAUGAAUACCAGCAUGAUACUGAGCCCGCGAGACGCAUUCUUUGCAAGUAAAAAGAAAGUGAGGUUUGAAGAAAGUGUUGGGAAAGUUUGUGGAGAGUUAGUAUGUCCAUUCCCAGCAGGAAUUCCACUACUUGUACCUGGGGAAGUCAUCACAGAGGAAGCAUUAAGUUACCUCAUGGAACGGAAAAACAAGGGUGCUUUGGCGAUCGGAGUUGCUGAUUCUACUCUCUCCUCCAUGGUUGUUUGCACUUAAUGUAGAGAUGUAGUUCGAAUAGUGAACACCGAAGAAAGCCAUUGGAAUCUUUAAUGGGUCAAGAUUGUUACCAAUAUGAUGGUUUUCUUUGGCUAGUUUGUUUACAUGUUUUUAUUUGUUCUUUUGUAAUUCAUUGCCUAUCUAAGUGGCUUCUCAUUUAUCAAUAAAGUGUGUACAUUUUCAACUUA